AGGGAAAUGAAAAAGAUUUUACCUUGAAUGAUUUCGGCUUCAUGAUCUUUCACUCACCAUAUUGUAAACUGGUCCAGAAAUCUCUAGCUCGGAUGUUGCUGAAUGACUUUCUUAAUGACCAGAACAGAGAUAAAAAUAGUAUCUAUAGUGGCCUGGAAGCCUUUGGGGAUGUUAAAUUAGAAGACACCUAUUUUGAUAGAGAUGUGGAAAAAGCAUUUAUGAAGGCUAGCUCUGAACUCUUUAAUCAGAAAACAAAGGCGUCUUUGCUUGUAUCAAAUCAAAAUGGAAAUAUGUACACAUCUUCAGUAUACGGUUCCCUUGCUUCUGUUUUAGCACAGUACUCACCUCAGCAAUUAGCAGGGAAGAGGAUUGGAGUGUUCUCUUAUGGUUCUGGCUUGGCUGCUACCCUGUACUCUCUUAAAGUGACCCAAGAUGCUACACCAGGGUCUACACUUGAUAAAAUAACGGCAAGUUUAUGUGAUCUUAAAUCAAGACUUGACUCAAGAACUUGUGUGGCACCAGAUGUCUUUGCUGAAACCAUGAAGCUAAGAGAGGACACCCAUCAUUUAGUCAACUAUAUUCCCCAGGGUUCAAUAGAUUCAAUCUUUGAAGGAACAUGGUACCUAGUUAGAGUGGAUGAAAAGCACAGACGAACUUACGCUCGGCGCCCCUCUCCAAAUGAUGACACUUUAGAUGAAGAAAUAGGACUUGUGCAUUCAAACACAGCGACCGAGCAUAUCCCAAGCCCUGCUAAGAAAGUGCCAAGACUCCCUGCCACGGCAGCAGAACCUGAAGCAGCUGUCAUUAGCAAUGGGGAACAUUAAGAUUUUCUGUGAGGUGUAAGACUUCAGUGUGGAGGUGGGGAGGGGGUGGGAAUACGGGAACGUUGGAGGAACGGGAUGUCUGGGGACAAUUUUAAAGGGUUAUAUGUUGCUUCAAUUUUUAUGUGACUGACAUGGAGCCUGGAAAACUAUCACGUUCUUGGGAAAGUCUUUGCUCAAUUUGUGAGAUGCUUCCUGUUGUGGUCUGGCCAAAGCCAGAUGUACUUGAAUGAUGUUAAGGGCUCUGUAAAACUUUGUACCUCUCUGGUCAUUUGUAUGCAUGAAGUUUAGUUUUUAAACAUGGUAUAAUGAAUUGUGUGCUUCUGUCAGAAGAAAGCAUAGGUACUGGUCUCCAAUUAAACAUUUUUUUAAACAUGUAAGAAUUUUGUACUUUGAACAACAAGAUUAUUGAAAGUACCUGUGGCUUUUGAAAAACGUGUCUCGCUUGGGGAAUGUGGUCUCAAAAUGUGAUAUGUACAAACCUCGUUUGAAAAUGGCAAGACAUGCCUUUUUCUAAAAUUUAUAAAUCCUGAAGAGGAAGAAAAGAGAUGGGACAAUAACACUGUUCUGGAAUCUGGAAUGUUGCUUUAAGUCCAGGCCAGCAGUGACAAAAGUUACUGUAAUGACCUCUGAACAGAGAGAUACUACCAUUAAGUAGGCUUUUGGUAUAGAAAACACGGUCCAUUUGGGAGCUAUGGUUAUAGCUCUAGGUGUGCUCCUGAAUUCGUCACGGUAUUCAAUGCUGAACAAUGUUGAGAUAUUAUUGGAGGCGUGUAUGAGGAAGUUUGUUGCAAUCCUUUGCACCUUAUUUUAAAGGAUAAAUGAAACAUUUUUCUGGCUGCCUUUUAAAAAUUUAGAAUGGAAAGGGAGAAUAGGGACAGGGCAUUAUUAUGAUGCUUCAGUAUUACAAAUUUUCAGACUGACAACCUAAAUUCAUAGUGUAAAAGACUUCUUUCCUUUUUCUUUUUUUUGUAUUUAUUCAACGAAAAUAAGAAGGUACAACUCGAGUUUUUACAUAGUCUGACUAGCCAAAAUGUAUAUUCUACUUUAAGUUCUGAAAGUAGAAUUUAUUAAGCAUUUUCUCAGAUUUUCACCUUAAAACAAAAAAUAACAAAUGAAAGCUAUCACAUGAGAUGAAAAAGAAAAUUGGUUAGACAGUUUUGUAGAUCUUUUUGGUGCUGAACUAUGACAUGAGCCUUAUAGAUUGUAAAAUAGAGAUAGUUGGAACUAAUGUACAGAACUAAAUUUUUUAAACUUUAUUUGCUGUUAAAUUCUUUGAAGUUUCAGUUAUCUAAAAUAAACAUACCCAAAUAUGAAAUGUAACGUUUCAGAUUGCAAAGUAAUAUGUAAUGUAGUGUUUGUAAGAUACUCUUGUCUAAUAUUAACUAGUAGUAUUUUGAUUUGUACAGUCAUAAUUUGUUAAAAUGACUUCAUUUUAACAUCCACUGAUGUAGAUGAAUAAUGUAAGUUCAGAUUUAAAGAAUGGUGGGCAAAUGGUGCAUGUAAUACUUUUGCAAGUAUUGGGAGAUCGGUAUGUUUUUAAAAGAGUAAUUUAAUCUUUGGGUGUCAGGAAAUGGGUUUUCUCAAAGUCCAUUGCCGGCAAUGGGCAGGCUUGGUAACACUGGCACCGGGCAUUAACCACACACUUUAUUAACAGUGAGAUGAAUAAAUUUGAAAUAAAGUUUUAGAGAAAUAGUUCAGAUAUUUGAGUGUUCUUUUUUUCCUCUUAAACUAACAAUGUAGGCAAGAUGGGCAUUCCUUUCAUUUCAGUUCAUUCACUCCAUUCCUUCAUCAUUCCAUAAACAUUUGAAACCUGAUAUAAGCAAGACAGUCUACUAAAGCCAGAAUUAAAAAGAUGGCAAGAUACAUGGUCUUGCCUUCAAGGAGCUAUUUGUCUAGUGUGGAGAAAUUUCUACUGAUAAUUUAUUAUUCAUACAUCUCAGAGAAAUUAACUUCCAAAUUAGGUGGUAAGUUUUGCUAUAUAUAAACUUUGCUAUAAAUAUUUGUGAAAGUGAGUUACUGUUUCCCUAAGAAAAAGUAAGACUAAGGGUUGGCAAUUAAAGAAAACCAAAUUUAGAAAGACAAAUACAGAACUGCCUACUACCAGCUAGAGUCUCCAGCCUGGAAGUCCCAUAUUGCUCAUGAUAGGGGUUUUAUAGAGAAAAUUCUUGGCAUUGACAGUAAUAUUGGAUUAGAGAAGCUCUUAAAAGCCCUGUCAAUGCUUAGGAUUCUAUGAAUUAGUAAUUAUAUCAGAUUUUAUAUAUAUAUAUGAUUUAAUUACUAAUUUUAUAUAUAUUAUAUAUAUUUAAAUACUGAUCAGUUCAUAUUUUAUCAUAUCAUGUCUGACUUGUGCUCCAGCUGCUGCUGGCAACUCAUUCCAUGAAAUCUUUGACCAGUUUCUCAGAGAACAUGACCAUACCUCCCUUUGGAUUCUUGCUAUAUACCUGUCACUUCAACCUCACUGAUGUGGGUGCCUGCAGAACUCACUUGGUACUCACAAUUUAAAGUGCAAGGCAUCGGGCCACCCUUGACCAGUGGUGCAAAGUUGCUGGUGGAAAAUGCUUUCCUUUCUCCCUCAGGCAGACAAUUCUGAGAUGCAUUUCAUAAGUUUUCCUCUGAAGAUCCUCUGAAGAAUCAACCAUAAGUUGGCUAUGGCCAGUUUGGUAAUAGCAUCUUUCUAUUUGCUUUCCUCUUUUGUUUCACUUCUGUGCAUCUUCUGCAACCUGGGAUCACUUCCCAAAUAAAUGACUUGCAUAUAAGCUUUUGUCUCAGGCUCUUUUUGGGGGAAUCCAGGCUAAGACGGUUGAUAGCCAGAAUGACCCUGGAAAGCAGACCUUCAGGAUGAGAGAUUGGAGCUGGUUCAUUCACCAAAUGACAGAAACCUCAUUGCUGUUUGUAAUAGGCAGAAUGAUAUCCUUUCACACCUACCAAAGAUUUCCUAUUCCUGGAAUCUGAAUGUUGCCUUACAUGUCAAAAGCAGAUGUGACUAAGAACCUUGAGAUGGGGAGAUUAUCCUGGGUAGGUCCAACCUAAUCAUGUGGAUCCUUAGAAGCAGAGAACCUUUCUUGACUGUGGUCAAGGGAGAGUGACAACAGAAGUUUGGUCAGAGAGAUGCUGUGAUGCUGGCUUUGAAGAUGGAGGAAGAGGACCAUGAGUCAGAGAAUAUAUAGGCAGCCUCUAGAAGCUGAACAAGACCGGGAAACGGAUUCUCCCUAGAGCCUCCAGAAAGGAACCAAGCCCUGAAAACACCUGAAUUUCAGUCCACUGAGACCUAUGUCAGACUUCUAUCUCAUAGAACUGUAACAAUAAAUUCGUGUUGUUUUAAGCCA